AUGACAGAUUUAAAAAGAUUAUUGAUUAACGUCGAAACUGAACUUGUUGAAGUAAGAAAUGAAUGGGACGCUAUUGUAAAUGAAACAGAUUUAAUCUUAUCAAGUGAACCAAAAGAAUAUGCUGUAAUUACAUUUCCACCAACAGAGUCAUUACUUUCUAAAAUUGGUGUUAUUGAUGGAGAAAUCAAAGAGAUAAAAGAAAAUAUUGUUUCUGUUGAAGCAACUAAAAGGAUGUUUUUUGUUGCUAAAAUAGACCAAAUUGAAGAAGAAAGAAAAAGUUUAGUUGAAGAAAUUGAUGCUAAAGAAACAGAAAAGAAAGAUUAUAUUGACAAAAUAAAUGAUACAUCAAAAAAAAAUGAAGAACGUGUUGGUAUGAGAAAAACAAGAAUGGGAUUAUAUGCGAAAGAAAAUGAAUCACUAAGAGCAUCUGAAGCAUUAGCUCAUGAUAUUAGUGAGAAUAUUAAUGCAACAGUUUUUAUGAUUGAAGAACAAGAUUCAAGAUUAUCUCACACUCAAUUAAGAUGGAGUGAAAUGACAAGUAUUUUAGGAUUAUCUAAAACAGUAAUGGAUUUAAUUCAUUCAAGAAAUAAAGUUGAUAAAUUAAUUGUUUAUGGUGGAUUGAUUGGCAUUAUUAUUAUUAUUGUAUUGUUAUAUUAUUUCAUAAAACAUUAA